UUGCCUUUGCUGCGAGAAAACCGCUACGUGGUUUACCGAAAUCGCCACGCAAAAGACCAGCAAAUAAGGUUAAUGUCAAAUGUAGAUGCAGUGUAUAGUGAACACGGUGGUUGAUUUUACAGACAUGCGGCUCAUCACUUCAGAAAUGGGGCAAUGUAGAUAACAAGCGUUCUCUCCAUCCUAUGCCAGUUGCUUGGACUCGAUAAAAGUAGCUAGCUAAUGGAAAAGCCACCAAGACUACUGUUAUCGCGGCUCUGGCUGCAAAACAGGGUAUACGAUGUCACUUUAAACAGCGUUGUUUUCGCAUGGAAGGAAGCAGAACCCAACAAAAAACGUGCACCUGGAAGCAACUGGAACACCGGAAAAGCUGCUGGCAGCCACGGUGUUCCUGUAUGCGAGAUCCUAGCUGUCCAGGAGACGGCUGAGGACAGUCACAAGAAGAAUGUUGGAAAAUGGCACAGGGUUCCCAAAAGACCAGAGGAAUCCUAUCAGCCACCUGCAUUUACAGUAUUCUAUGCGGAGAGAACGAGGCAGCACCGCUGGCGAUGUAGCAGUGUCACGUUCCAUUGCCCCGACUGGGGACUCUGUCAGCAGUGGGUCCACACCAUUGAGGAGCAACUCUCUCUCUUGACCAGCAGACCCAAGCGCUUGCUGGUGUACAUCAAUCCCUUCGGAGGAAAACAACAAGGGAAGCGGAUUUACGAGCAGAAAGUCGCCCCAAUCUUUUCCCGUGCCUCAAUUUCCACUGAUGUGAUUGUGACAGAGCGAGCUAAUCAUGCAAGGGACCACUUGAGCACUGAUGCUGAUCUUAAGAACUAUGAUGGGGUGGUUUGUGUAGGGGGUGACGGCAUGUUCAGCGAGAUUGUCCACGGCCUGAUCUCAAGGACGCAGUCCGACUCUGGCGUGGAUCAGAACUGUCCUGAGGAGACUCUUGUCCCUUGUGACAUUCGGAUUGGUAUAAUUCCUGCAGGUUCAACCGACUGUAUCUGCUAUGCAACCGUGGGCGCUAAUGAUCCGGUGACUUCUGCCUUGCACAUCAUCGUGGGAGACUCCCAGCCUAUAGAUAUCUGUUCGGUUCACCACAACAACACAUUCCUCCGAUACUCUGUCUCACUGCUGGGCUAUGGUUUCUAUGGAGACUUGUUAACAGACAGUGAGAAGAAGCGCUGGAUGGGACCGACAAGAUAUGACUUCUCAGGUGUCAAGACAUUUCUGUCACAUCACUGCUAUGAGGGAACAGUGUCUUUCCUACCAGCUACUGACAGCGUGGGAUCUCCAAGAGACAAGUUUAAAUGCAGAUCAGGGUGCCACUUCUGCCAGCACAGCGGACACCUUCCUUUUGAGAACCAGCAGAUAUGUGAGGAGGAGGAGGAGGAGGAGGAGGAGGAGGAGGAGGAGGACAGCGUGUCGGAGAGUGGACGUAAGGACGUCUGGCGGGUCAUCCGGGGUAAAUUCUUGGCUAUCAACGCUGUGAGUAUGAGCUGUGCUUGUCCAAGAAGCCCCAAAGGCCUGUCACCAGCUGCACACCUGUCCGAUGGCACCACGGACCUUAUCCUCAUCCACAAAUGCUCCCGGCUCGACUUCCUACGCCACCUGCUACGCCACACCAACAAAAAUGACCAGUUUGAUCACCCUUUUGUUGAGGUGCACCGCGUGCGGCGGUUCCGCUUCACGGCCAAGCACCAGGAGGUGGAUUCGGAGCUCGACCUGCGGGAGACGGGGAAGGGGCUGUUUGGCCAGAUCUGCCGAGAUCAUCCGGCCUGCGGCUGUGCCGCGGGCCACAGCACCUGGAGCUGCGACGGGGAGACUCUGCCUCACACUGCCAUUCAAGCCAGCGUCCACCGUCAGCUGAUCAAGCUGUUUGCCAGGGGGAUCGAGGACCAGCCUGUCUUUGAAGACUCCACUGGUGUGUGCUCUGCAUAGACCUGCCUAUCACAUGCACUCAGGCAUGCUGGACGUUGCACAUUGUUACACAGCUGACUUCCAGAAGCAUAAGCAUUUCUCAUCAGCAUCGGAUACUUAAGGUCACGUAGCGUCACUCCAAAUGCCUCCUCACAAUAUGGCAUGUUGUUCUUGACAGCAAUCUUGCAGCUAGUCUAUUUGGACAUCAUUUCCAUCGAUAAAGGCAGCAUUGUGCCAUGUCUGUGGUACAGGCUGUCAAAACAAAGGGAGCACUGUGGGCUACCACUGAGAAAUCAGCUCAAGAUUCAGUGGUAGCGCAGCAGUCAGAGGGCUCUGCUCGGAGAACAAGGGUUGCUUUGCUCAGUGGGUUUCCAUUGUGUUUCACCUGUGCUUUGAGAUGCACUGCUCUCACUAGAAGUCGUUAUUAUUAGACAUUAAACACUUGCUCCCUACGGAGGUUGUCUUCCUUUAUCCAGUCAAGCUGGCCUUGAUGUGUAGGAUUGUCACCCAAAGUUUUUUUUUUUUUUUUUUUUUUUUUUUUUGUCCUUCCUCUCUCCUCCCAUCGCUUGUAAAAGUGAAAACCACAAAUCAAAACAGAAAGAAAAACACACUUUCAAGGUUUGUUUGGCAUGAUUUUUUUGCCCUAGUGUUAUGUCUGUUUGACUUGAAGGAUACAAGGUUACUCUCAGAUGAAAGUUACUGCCUCUAUGCCAAACAUCAUUUCCAUUCUAUUAUGCCUGCUCCUAGUUUUUGAAUUAGAUGUGUGCAAUAUGCAUUGUUUGGCUUUUAAGUUAUAAUGCUUUAGUUUCAUUCACUGACAAUGGAGUGGGACCCAAUAGCUCAUGACAAAAUAAAGAUCUGUGGGUCCCUUUUUAGACUUGUUUUAAAAAUAAUCUCAAAAUGGCAUAUUACAGGAAGUGAAAAAUGAUUAAGAGUUUUAUAUGUCCGCAGUAUUUCUUGUCUUACUGACCAUCAACAUUCCAGUCGGGUUCAAACUGAUUCCAUCGAACAGUGCUGCGCCAACUCUCUAGUAGACCUGUCAAUCCCCGGUUUAGUGCUGUAACCGUGGAACUCUCCGGGCCCCAGUGCUGCGGUCUCUGAAUGCUGGUGCUGGAGCUGUCUGCCCGGCUCAGCCCACAGCCCUCUUAACGCAGGGAGAUGAAAGUGUGGCGUGUCUGGCUGUGGCUUAAUGAUGCUGUGUGGCAGAGCUCCAGGAGCUGCGGCAGCCGAGCCCAGCCGAGCUGCCUCCAGCUUCAAACGGCCAUUCUGUGUCCUCGCCGCUCUUCAUCUCGCUGUCUAAUUUCUGUAAUUAUUGAAGAGCCCCGAACCUGAGGGUUAUUCUCUAGGGUGUCGCUGGGGGUUCCUGUAAUGUGUUUUUGUUCCUUCACCAGUCAUUGUUUGUGCUGUAAUUUAGGUCUGUUUUGUUCCCUGACUCUCAGGAGACUUCAAGUAAUCUGUGAUUUAUGUGAAGUGAAAUUGCCUCUUUCGGGUGCUGUACCGUGUUUGAUAUAUUUCUGCAUUUUGAAGACUGAACAUUCCAUUGAAUAGGGCUCGUGAUUUUCGAGGCGGUUUAUAGCUCUCAAAGGCGGCUCCGUUUGUGAAAUAUCUAUGCACCCGAGCACCGCUCCGUGGGUCUCGUGAUGGCAUGCGCCAGAGAGAUAAUGUGGACUUCAGCCCCUAAAUCAUGAAGCUCUGAUGGGUGGGAUGUCUGCCCGUGUUCGUGAACACAUGUGAAUCACCUCUCCACCGCCCUGGCUCUGCCAUUUAGUUCAGACACAGGCUCUCCGGAGCGAGUGCAGAAUGUAUGAUAACAUUGGCAUCGGGUGAUCAGCUGUCAGCAGGCUGCCUUAUUUGUCGGAAGGGCCUUGGCGAUGUGUGUAGCACUGCCAGCGAACGAGCCUAAGCAGAACGACACGCUAGGCAACCAUCUGACAGCUGCUUCUCUUGGCAGCCCAGAAUCCCCCUCCAUUGCAGACGCACUCACACAAAUUGUUUAUCCUAGCCGCCGCCACCGCCGCCACCGCUAAAUCUCUCGCAGCACAAAACUUCAGCGCGGUAGAGUUGCGGGACGUACUGCCGUCAGGCGUCAUUGUGUACACAAAAUCCCAAAUCCAUCCGAGCUGCAUGUAGCCACUGGCAUCUCCGUGGUAAUACAGUCUGUCUUGGUGCUGCAUGUACCCACUGGCAUGUCCGUGGUAAUACAGUCUGUCUUGGUGCAGCAGGUGGCUCCAGUCAUUUCUGCCACAGAGGCUCCAGUCAGGCACUUUGUAGCACAUUAUGGGCAUUGUCAUUCCCCUGUGCUCCCCGUGGUGCAGGAGAUUGGGCCCUGUGUCCACUCAGCACUGUGUUAAUGUGGCGGAGGGAACCACAGCAAGGUCACCCUCACACACAGAGACCCUGCUGGAAGGGGCCCAGGUAGCAGGGAACUAAACCAAGGAUUAGUGACGACUGAAAAACAAACACACACACAAAAACAGCAAUUUUAUUAUGGUGUUGAGAUGGCACAAAAUGUAAUGUAUGGAACCUAUGAUGUUAAAGUGUGAUUGUACACUAAAAAAAUAAAUGCUAAUAAAAAUUGACCUAAAACCAGCAAUCAA